AUGGCUGGAGAUAUCUGGUCCCUAGGUUCAGUCAUUUUAUCGUUAUUCUCGCACACAUUCCGACACCAACAACCUGACAUCUAUAGUUCUCAGAUUCAGGAGGGUGUUUCUCCGUGCGAUACGCACAAGCUCUCAGUUGACGAUACACAACUGCCAAGCCUUGUUCGCUCUAUGCUUGCAUACGAAUGUUCCGAGCGACCAUCUGCCAAAUUUGUAUUUGAGAGUCUCCCUAAUUUGCGCCUUCACGAUUGUAAAAUUAUCCUAUAA